AUGGGGGCACUAUGUUGUAAGCAAGAUGAAAUAGACUAUUCGCAAGGACCUGAGCUGGGUCAUUUUCAUCUACAAAAGAUCAUUGGUAAAGGUGUAUUUGGCAAAGUCCGCAUCGUCCAACACAAGCGUACAAAGAAGAAAUACGCACUCAAAUACAUCAACAAAUCCAUCUGUAUAAAGCAAAAGGCGAUUGGAAACAUCAUACUAGAACGCAACAUACUGGAACGCAUUGAUUACCCUCUGAUAGCCAACCUCAGAUACGCCUUCCAAGACGAUGAAACCAUCUUCAUGGCACUUGAUCUCAUGCUGGGUGGUGAUUUACGAUUUCAACUAGACCAACAAUUUACAUUUCACGAACUCCAAGUGAGACACCAUGUUGCCUCUAUCGCUUUAUCUUUGGACUACUUGCACAGAAAACGAAUCGCUCAUCGAGAUGUCAAGCCAGAGAAUAUAUUGAUAGAUAAGAAGGGAUAUGCGCAUCUCAGUGAUUUCAACAUUGCGAUACAAUUUACAACAAGCCAGCCUCUGAGUUGGUCCAUAGCCGGCACCAUGGCUUACAUGGCUCCUGAAAUGCUGGCUCGUAAAGGCUAUUCCACAGCCGUAGAUUGGUGGAGUUUGGGUAUUGUUACCUAUGAGCUCUUAUUUGGCGUGCGUCCCUAUUUAGCCCCAUCAAAAGAAGCUUUGGCUCAUGCCAUCAUACAUGAGCCACUCAUGUUUCCUAAUCAUGUCUACGAUAGUGUAUCCAAAGAAUGUAUCGAUGUAAUCAGUGGUCUGCUGGACAAAUCACCAUUUCAAAGAUACGGUGGAUGCAAUACAGAUGGGUUCCAAGAAUUCAAGGCACAUCCUUGGUUUCGUGGUUUAGAUUGGGAUUUACUUGAACGUAAACAGCUGACCCCACCUAUUAGACCUGACAAAAACAACAAGCUGCGCAGCCUGAUAAAAGAUCAACAGCAGCGAUAUCAGGAUGAUGGCUUGAAAUCACAUAAACGAAUUUCACCUGUCAAAACACCAACGUUAGAUACAUUUAGUCCUGUCACUGAAGAAGCAAGAUUCCGAAUGCAGUUGGAAGACCAGUUUGCUGAUUUCGAUUUUACGCAGCAUCAAAUGGUAGAAGGAGGACAAGAUCCUUUCAGCCAAUUCUUUGAGCAAAGACGGAAUUCAUUGAGAAGACAAUAUGAUCGAUUCAAGCGUAGAUCACAAUGUAGUUACCAGGAUUUACCUAUAACUCCACCUUAUACUGAUUAA